CGAAGUCCUUCCUUUUUCUUCCUGAUUCUCCCCCGCUUCCUCUCAAUACACCUUUCUUUUUCUUCGAUUCCUCUGUCCUCGAUCAUGAUUGGCGAUGACGACUCCAAUCGGAGGGCCUGAACUCCGGCGGCGACGGCGACGGAGACUCCUCUGGUGACUUCCGUAUCAAAUAGCAAUACCGGAGGGCCAUAACUCCGGCGGAUCCACUGUUUCUUCUUCUCUCUCGGCGAUGCAUAACAAACCCAAGGCGCACCGCCGCACCAGAACCCGCACGGUUCUUCGUGCCCUGUGUUCUUUGCCGCACCAAUGCUUCAUAGCCAACUUCUCUUAACGGAGACCAAUUAUUAACGACUAAUUAUCUAAGGAUAUUGGGGUAGGGUUUGGUGAUCAAAGGGUUCAAAGCACCAAUUGUUUGUUCUUGCAUGUAUGCAGGAACAAAUGUCUAUUUUUGGAUUUCCUUCGUCCCUACACUUUUGCUUCUCCUGGUUGGUACAAAGCUGCACUGCAUAGUGGUGAAACUGGCAGUUGAAAUUAGGGCAGAAACUUCAUAUGAAGGGUUUCAUAAUUUUAACCUCAGGGAUGAACUCUUCUGGUUUGGAAGGCCCAGAUUUCUACUCCUCUUAAUCCAAUUCAUAUCAUUUCAGGUCAUUUAUUUUAGAUUAUCUACUCAAUUCACUAUUUUAAUUAUUCGUGGGGCUAGGAAUAAUAAAAGGUUACGUUCUUAAAUAUAAUAACUAUCCCGACGUGAUUUAGUUGAUGAUUUGCAGAAUGCAUUUGAAAUGGCAAUAUACUUAUGGUCACGAUGGGAAAUCAAAGGAGCAUCAUGUUUUACACAAAAAGGUGGCUUCCUUGUGACCCGUUUGGCAUUUGGGGUGGCUUCUCAGAUUUGGUGUAGCUUCAUCACAUUCCCGCUCUACGUUAUAAUCGCUCAGAUGGGUUCAGAGUUUAAGAAAUCGAUAAUCUCUGAGAGCGUCGAAAGCUCCCUCCAGCGAUGGCGGUGCAGGGUUCAGGUGGCCGCAGGGACUAGACGAUUAUUAUUAGUAGAGGAUCAUAAUACUAAUAGCGAUCAGAUUCCCUUAACAGAAGAAAUAACCUCUGCAAAUGAUGAUGAUGAUGAUGAUGAUGAGGUAUCAAGUUGGAGAAGAAGAUCAUUGGAACAAGAACAGAUGAGAGCUUGGGCCGGCCCAUAAGGGAGGGAGGGGAGGGGCAUUAUCAGAGACCGCUUGGGGCCCAAAAUACACCGUUGUAAAACUUCUAUAUAGGGGUGUUUGUCUGUGCUGGUGUCUCACGGAUGAUCAUAGCAGAUGAUUUAUACAUACACAGACGAUAAUCAUUUGUAAAUACGGAUGAUUAUCGUCUCUAAAUUAUAUAUGAAGAUUAUUUGUGAUUGUCAUUCAUUUGGGCACCUAUGUUAGGUUUCUAACACAAUCCUUAGAAAAGAGUGAAUAUGAACACUUAUAUGCCAACAUGUUGCCAGAAAACACUAUGUUAUGCCAACAGUAGAGGUGGCAAUC